GGACUUACAUGCAUAGCAUAUAAAUGCAAGUACAUACAAUUCCUCGAUCUUUGUGACUGUCAGAAUGUAUGUGACUAUGGAGUUAUAAACAUCAUCAGAUCCUGUAAAUUUUUGAAAUUUCUCGAUUUAGGAGGAUGUAUGCUUGUUACAGACAAAACUCUUCAAUCUAUUGGAAGUGAAGGAAUACAAUUGCAUUCCGUCAGUCUAUCUAAAACGAAUAUAACAGAUGAUGGCGUGUAUUCAAUGCUGAAGGGACCGUGUUCAAGAACUUUAACAGAAAUACAUUUGAACAACAACAAUGAUCUGACGGACGAUUCGAUAGUGUUUAUAGCCACUAGUUGUCCGAACCUUCGAGUUUUUUCAUUCCACAAUUGCCCGAAUUUAACUGAGAGAUCCAGGCAAGCUCUUCAGAGCAUGUCUCCCGAAAACCUAAAGAAUAUAACAUUUACAGUUUAUUGA